AUGGCUAACGAAACAUCCAUCUCAGAGUUCCUGCUCCUUGAAUUCUCUGUGGUACGGGAACAUCAGAUCCUUCACUUCUUUUUAUUUCUGGCAUUGUACCUAGCCACAGUCACAGGGAAUCUCCUCAUCAUCUCUGCAGUGGCUUUUGACUGUCAUUUGCACACUCCUAUGUACUUCUUUCUCAUGAAUUUGGCCUUGCAGGACCUUGGCUCAGUUUCAGUCAUUAUCCCCAAAUCCAUGUUCAAUUCCCUCUUGAAUACCAGAGACAUUUCUUAUUCUGGAUGUGUCGUUCAAGUUUUCUUUUUUGUGUUCUUUGUGGGGUCUGAUUUUUUUCUCCUCACUGUUAUGGCAUAUGACCGGUAUGUUGCCAUUUGCAAUCCCUUACAAUAUGAAGCAGUGAUGAACAGGCAAGCUUGUACCCAAAUGGUUGUCAGUGUAUGGAUCACGGGCCUUCUUUAUGGUGCACUGCACACAGGUGGCACUUUUGCUGCAACUUUCUGCUCCAAUGUUGUCAAUCAGUUCUACUGUGAAAUCCCACAGUUGCUUAAGAUCUCAUGUGGUGGCUCAAAUGUCAUUGAAGUUGGUGCUCUUGCAGUCAGUGUGAUCGUAGAGUUUGGUUGUUUUGUCUUCAUCAUUGUUACAUAUGUGCUGAUCUUUUCUACGGUGCUGAGAAUGCCCUCUAUCCAGGGGAGGCAAAAGGCCUUUUCCACUUGCCUACCACAUCUCAUUGUUUUCUCUACAUUUAUAGUCACUGGGUGGUUUGCUUACCUGAGGCCUCCCUCUCAAACACCGUCUGACCUGGAUUUGGCAUUAACUGUGGUCUAUACUUUUGUCCCACCCAUGAUGAAUCCCAUUAUUUAUAGCAUGAGGAACAAGGAUAUCAAGGUUGCCCUGUCAAAACUAUUUGUUGGUGCAACACCGAAGAACUACCAACAUGUCCUUGCCCUGGCAUACGCUGUGAAGGAGAUUAAUGACAACCCCAAGAUUUUACCCAAUAACAGCCUUGGUUUCCACAUCUAUGACAGCUACUUCAAUGCCAAGUUGACCUCUCAGAAUACCUUGAACUUCUUCUGCACCUCGAAAAGGAUUAUCCCUAACUACAGUUGUAACAACCAGAAGAAUUUAAUGGCUGUCAUUGGAGGCCUUGAUUCUGAAACCUCUCUCCACAUAGACAACAUCAUUAGAAUAUACAAAAUCCCACAGCGUUAA